CACUUCAUCGCUUACAGCUGUAUACAGUGUCGAAGUUUCGUUUUCAUAAAAGUUCAAACUGCUCGCUUAAUUAAAACUUCUGACCCGCGAUCAGUAUUAAAAAGUCGGCCGGAGUAUAAAAGAGCAGCACAUUCGCGUUUUAGAUUAAUGGACAGCAUUAAACUUGCUUAAAAUGCAAACUAAUGUGUGAUUAUAGAGCUUGGAUUAUUUAUUGGACCGUUUUAAAGAAGAGUGUAACGUUACACUAUGGCGGAUGGAGCGAGUCUAAACGCUAGUUGUUUGACCUCGCGAGCAAAGAAAGUCAACAACAGCACUUCAACAGCAGCGAACAUGAGGAGAAAGACACGACAGAGCAACAGAAGAGACAUCCACAACCGGGUCGUGUUGGAGAAGGUCCUGGGCAUCACUGCCUCCAGCAGCAGUGCUUUGACCUGUGAGCCCAACACUGGUUUAGUGGCUUAUCCAGCAGGUUGCGUUAUCGUCAUCCUGAGCCCAAAGAAAAACAAGCAGACUCACAUAUUUAACACGUCCAGGAAAACCUUCAGUGCCUUGGCUUUCUCACAGAAUGGAAAAUAUUUGGUGUCUGGUGAGAGCGGGCACAUGCCCUGUGUGCGGGUGUGGGACGUGGCAGAGCGGACACAGGUGGCUGAGGUCCAGGGCCAUAAGUACGGGGUGGCGUGUGUGUCUUUCUCCCCUAACGGAAGCUACAUAGUGUCUGUGGGAUACCAGCACGACAGGACAGUCAACGUCUGGGAGUGGAAGAAGGGGACUGUUAUUGCAUCCAAUAAGGUGUCCAGCCGCGUGCUUGCUGUGUCUUUCUCGGAGGACAACAGCUACUUUGUAACCGCAGGGAACAGACAUGUGAAGUUCUGGUACCUUGAUGCCUCAAAGGAAAGAAGGGUGAACAGCACAGUGCCUCUGAUUGGUCGCUCAGGGCUGCUCGGGGAGCACCAGAACAGUCAGUUCUGUGGUUUGGCGUGUGGCCGUGGCUCUAUGGCCAGCAGCACCUUCUGUAUCACACACACGGGUCUGCUGUGCCAGUUCAACAGCAACAGACAACUGGAUUCCUGGGUCGAUCUCAAGACGACAUCAGCACAGUGCUUAUCGGUGAGCGAGACGUUUGUUUUCUGCGGUUGUGCAGAUGGCACCGUGCGUGUGUUCAGCCCACAGGACCUGCGUUACAUCAGCACUCUGCACCGGCCGCACUGCUUGGGAGUAGAUGUGUCCCAGGGCACCCAGCCAGGGCAUUUGUUUGGCUCCAACCCAGAAGCACAGUAUCCAGAUACCCUGGCUUUAACCUUUGACCCUGUGAAAAGGCACUUGACGUGUGUGUAUAAUGACCACAGUGUGUAUGUAUGGGACGUGCGGGACAUUCGAAACGUAGGGAAGGUCUACUCCGCUCUGUACCACAGCGGAUGUGUGUGGAGUGUGGAGACCUACCCUGAGCUUGAAGAUUCAUCUCCGGCGUGUUUGUCACCCGGCUCUUUCUUCACCUGCUCAUCCGAUAACACCAUCCGCCUGUGGAAGAGUGAGUCCACGCAGAGUCAAGGCUCAGGACAGGGCCUUCGCCACAACCUUUACAGCCAGGAUAUCGCAAGGAUAGUGUAUGUGGACGAGGACACGCAGUACCUCAAAGCUGAGGCUGAGAAAGCCGAGGGAGCAAGCCAGGAUGGUAAAUCUGGGAUCAGGGUGCUGGAAAUCAGCCCAGAUGGCCAACGUUUGGCUGCUGGAGACCGCAGUGGGAACCUGAGAAUCUUUGGCUUGCAUUUCAUGGACGAGCUGCAGAAAAUCGAAGCUCAUGAUUCGGAGGUCUUGUGUCUAGCCUUCUCCCCAACUGAGUCUGGUUUGCAUCUGUUGGCUUCUGCCAGUCGUGAUCGGCUCAUUCACAUCUUUGACAUGGAGAAGAAAUGCAAUCUAGUGCAGACGGUUUACGAUCAUUCGGCCUCCAUCACUGCCAUCAAGUUUACAGGACUGAGUUCAGAGUUGUGUAUGGUCAGCUGUGGGGCUGACAAGAGCAUCUAUUUUCGAUCGGCUGAAAAGAGCUCGGAGGGCUUGAACUUCUCCCGAUCCCAUCACAUAGUGGAGAAGAGCACUCUGUAUGACAUGGACCUGGACGCCACACGCACACACACGGCCAUCGCGUGCCAGGACCGCAACAUUAGAGUAUACAAUGUGCAGAGUGGCAAGAUGAAAAAGUGUUUCAAGGGCUCCCUGAAUGAUGAUGGGACACUGCUUAAGGUUCAGUUGGAUCCCUCUGGCAUGUUUCUGGCCACCAGUUGUUCAGACAAAAACAUCUGUAUCUUUGACUAUGAGUCAGGCGAAUGUGUAGCCGCCUUAUUUGGACAUUCAGAAAUUGUGACAGGUUUGAAGUUCAGCCAGGACUGCAGGCAUCUGAUCACUGUCUCUGGUGACAGUUGUGUGUUUGUGUGGCGGCUGGACUCUCAGAUGACCAACUCCAUGAGGAAGAGGCUGGCAGAGAGGAAGCGGCAAGCAGGCCUGAGGGUUCAACAGGCCCCCAGCCAACAGCAAGCCAUCAGGAGAGAGACCUACAUCACUGUACCCUGUAGUGCUUUGCCUCACAUGGAGGAGGAAGAGGAAGGCAGCUUAAUGCCAGAGGAGACUCCAGAUGAUGAUGUGGAGGACUGCAGAACUCCAAACAGGCUUGAAUCUACUGAUGCAUCUGUGGAUUCAGUGGUGCUCCAGACCAAUGGCAAAAUGCCCAUGUGGAUUCGUAGACUGGGUGGAGGAGGUGAAAAUGGUGGUAGUGGCAUAGCUAGUAGAUCUCAGUACCAGCCACAGGGACGCUGGGCAGUGCAGUCAGAUCCACUAGCCAUCCGCACAUUACUGGAGAUGAAGAGCAUGCAGCUUCCUCUCUCACACACUCCCUGCAGAGCCGUGGGAGAGGAAGAGUUUGAGGAAGACUCUCGCUUUCAUCCGCAGAGUUUGGACAGCCUGCUGGAUGAAGAUGUUGGCGACGAUGAUGAUGAUCUAGAGGAGAGGAAAAGAUUUGCAGAUUCCCAAGUUGGGUUAAGCUCUUCACUCCAAGGGCCAGAUUUUCUGCAGUUGCCACAUGGAGAGGAGAACUUCCACCCAGAGCUCAGCUCACCAGAGAAGACGGGCUAUAUUUUGUACCCAGCCAACAGCACUGCUCUGUCCACUGGAGAAGGAGAGUUUGAUGUUAAAGCUUUGUGCGAGGGUGCAGAUGAGGACCCAGAAGAAGAGCUGAGCCCAGAUAGCGCUUGUUCUGCUAGUUCAGCCUCCCAUAGCGACCAGCCCCAUGACCAGGACACAGACUCCCUCAGUCAAGUGAGCUCCACAGGAAGCUCAGGAGUUGAAGAAGAGGAUGAAGAAGAAUCUGGAACAUUGCUUCGCCAACAUUUUGACACUUUGGGUGUGGCUGCUAAUGAAAAGUUUAACGCGGACUUGAGCAGUCUCCAGCCUACAACAGAGAGUAACUUCCUCAAUCCUCGUCUGAGCAUUUCCACGCGCUUCCUCUCCCGCUUUCAGAGCCGCUUUCGCACUGUUGGGACUAGUAGCAGUGCUGUUUGCCGGCCUGCAGCCUGCCUGCCCAGUAUACCGGAUGAAUCCAGUGAUAGCUGUUCAACCUUCGAUGAAACAAGGGACAAGUCCAAGGUUCUUUCAAACAACAGUGGAAGCAUUGAGGAGACCGAGAAGAGUGAAAUCACAAACAAGAGCAUUCUGUCCAAAGCUCAUCAUAACACUACAGGCAUUCUCGCCACCAAAUCUACCAGCAGUGCAUGUGACCCAUUGGUUACACGCUCCCGCCAAAGCUACAUGGGUCCCACUGCAAGCUCCCGUGCAAAGACAAACCAGAGCAACUCUGUGGAGACAUGUACAUCAGAAGAAACGCAGCUAAACGCCCUGUCUUCGUCUCUGGACCUAACUGUGGACCAAAGCAAAGAGAACAUUGUUCCUCCUUCCUCUUCAGGUCUCUCCUCUGGAUCAUCUCAACCGACACCAUCUCUCUCUAGUCCUGCCUUGGGUAACCACAGUGCCCGAGCAGCUCUUCGAUUGGACCUCAUUGGCCCCAAUCGUGCCAGUCUGUCACCGUUGGCGCUCAAGAGCCGUCUAGCGAAAGCUGAACGUCCCGAGUCUCCACGUCGACAGGCUUUGGUGACGCCCACAGAGAUGCGGUCACUGGGGAAAGAGUGUCGGAAGCAGAUCAUUAAUAUUGAGCAGAGCUUGGUUUCUAAGACUUCAGGCAGGUUCUCGACAGCGUCUGAAAUGUUUGCAAGGAACUGUACAGUGUCAGAAACCAGUCAUUCUGUGAUUGAAGAGCUGCAGUUUACAGAGUCAUGUGGAAACACAAAGGACACUGAUCAGAUCUCAAUGACCAACUCAGUGACUCUAGACGGACAAGAUCCUUCACAAAAUGACUGCGCCGGAGAGGACACAGACUCGUUGAGUGUCCAGAUGUGUAAGGAGAUGGUGAAUGAACUCUGGCAGACCAUCCAUAAAGCAACUGGCUUUUAUAACAAGUUGUGCUCCAUUCCGGAGCUGUCAGAGCAGCAGGAACAGAUGAAGAGUAUUUUGCAGGAGGUGUUUGUUGGGGUACAGAGUGAAUUGAAGUCCCUGUACCCACAAGAGAGACACCCCUCGAUCGUAAGCACCCGUCCCGUACCGGAGGAGUCCCCCGGCCGUCAACUCAGGGAUGAAAGGACUGUGGCCCUCCUGGAGAAAUAUUCAGAGAUGCUCUUACUGCGAAUGACUGAAAAAGGAGCACAGGCCACACUGGAGUAACGGCCCGGUUCCCAUCAUUUUAUUGGCAAAAUAGAACUUCUAAUGGUGUAUACGAAUAAACACCUUUAAACUUUAAUAUCUUCCAUUGGUUUUAUGUUUUUAAAUAAACAUUUAAAUGCAUAUUUGGAAUUAUUAUUAUUUUUUUUUGUAAAACUGGUAGGUCUGGCAGGUCUUUAAUACUUUUUUUUUUUUAGCACUACGUGGUCACACAUUUGGUCACGUACCCUUUUUAUUCUUAAGUGACCUUCAGGACCCCCCCCCCCCAUUGGUUAUUUCCAUGGUAUUUCAUGUACAGUUUUCAAACAGUGUUAUUUUCAGAAUUCAGACCGUUGAAUUAUGUACUCUGUUUUGUUGAAGUUCUUGAUGUUUGAUGCUUUGAUACACCAUUUCACACCACCACAACCGCACAGACUAACCAAGAGGUGUUCCACUGUCAUGUUAUUUUGAGUGUUUUUCGGAAUAAUGAUGUGUUAACAUUUCCCUAAGCAUCAGGCUGUGACUCACAAUCUGUUUCCCACUGGUGUGCUGAUUAUGUUUUCUCAUGUUGGUGUGCAAUCCUUUUUUUUUUCACAUAAAAUGUAUAGUUUUUCCAAAGGCUUUGUAAAUAUGUUUUAACCAGCGAUUUACACUUUAUUUUAAUAUUAAACAUUCAAAUAUGA